GGUUUAUCAUGUACUUUAACUGGAUCUUUUUAACUAUAUAAUUCACCCAGUUAUGCAGAUCUUCCAAAUCCUGACACAAAAAUCACAUUCCUUAACAUCACCACUGAUCUGAUCAGAAAAGACUUUUAAGUAAUUAAACUAUCAAGCUCACUGUGGCAGAUACAAGUCUUCUAAAAUUCUAAUUAUCAUUUGAAACAUCAAAUUUCAUCAUUGGCAACAAAUAUCAUCUGUUGUUUUCCUUGAAGUGAUAGGCUCACUUUUAAUUUUUGAGCAAAUGGCUCUCAACUAUCCAGAUUUGAAUAACCAUAUAGUUUAUCAGUUACUUUUUCAAGUAAAAAUGGUAUUGUGAAAAAAAGCAGCCAGUUCAACUUGCAGCACAAAGCAUGGGAUACGUGUUUGUCAAGAUAGCCAUUACCCUUCCAAAUGCAACUGAAGUGCCUUAUGCAUACUUUCUGUUCGUUACUCAGAAUAGUAAAAAGACAUUAACUCAAAGCAAAGAUUUAAUAAAAUUAAUAUUUUUUACUCCAUCAUCAAGCAUAUUCUUAAAUAAAAUUGCCCCCACCUUUACUGUGAGUAUAUCAAGGUGAAGAAUGUAAUAACUACUAGUACAGUUUUGUGCCAUUACCUUAAGUUGUGCUAAGUAUCAGUAGUUUUACACCACCAUUGCUGUUGCAUCCUGAGUGUAAACAUAAAAACACUGAAAAAAGGCAAAUAGUAUCUUUGUUAUUAUGAAAUGGUAACAAAUGACCUCAUUGAUUCCUUGAAAAGAAUCUCAGGGACCCUCCUGAGGUUCCAUGGUUCAUUUUGAGAAGUACUGCUGUUAAGCUGUUUGAGGGUUUAACUAAUCAUUCUAAUGUCCCCUUUCAGUUCCUGGUCCAGAACUUUACACAGAAAAGGUGCUCAAAGAAUAUUUGUUUAUUGAAUGUGAUAUGCUGACAUUUAAACAGGACAAAACUUGAUCUUCAUGGAGGAACACGGAGUGACACAAACUGAACACAUGGCUACCAUAGAAGCCCAUGCAGUGGCCCAACAAGUACAGCAGGUCCAUGUGGCCACUUACACUGAGCACAGUAUGCUGAGUGCUGAUGAAGACUCACCUUCUUCCCCAGAGGACACCUCUUAUGAUGAUUCAGAUAUACUCAAUUCCACAGCAGCUGAUGAGGUAACAGCCCAUCUGGCUGCUGCAGGUCCUGUGGGAAUGGCUGCCGCUGCUGCUGUGGCAACAGGAAAGAAACGGAAACGGCCUCACGUGUUUGAGUCUAAUCCAUCUAUCCGGAAAAGGCAGCAAACACGUUUGCUUCGGAAACUUCGAGCCACAUUAGAUGAAUAUACCACUCGAGUGGGACAGCAAGCUAUAGUCCUCUGUAUCUCACCCUCUAAACCCAACCCUGUCUUUAAAGUGUUUGGUGCAGCACCUUUGGAGAAUGUGGUGCGUAAGUACAAAAGCAUGAUCCUGGAAGACCUGGAGUCUGCUUUGGCAGAACACGCCCCUGCGCCACAGGAGGUUAACUCAGAACUGCCACCUCUCACCAUCGAUGGAAUUCCAGUCUCUGUGGACAAAAUGACCCAGGCCCAGCUGCGGGCAUUUAUCCCGGAGAUGCUCAAGUACUCCACGGGUCGGGGAAAACCAGGUUGGGGGAAAGAAAGCUGCAAGCCCAUUUGGUGGCCCGAAGAUAUCCCAUGGGCAAAUGUCCGGAGCGACGUUCGCACAGAAGAACAAAAGCAGCGGGUUUCAUGGACCCAGGCACUACGGACCAUAGUUAAAAACUGUUACAAACAACAUGGGCGAGAAGAUCUUUUGUAUGCUUUUGAAGAUCAGCAAACACAAACACAGGCCACAACUACACACAGUAUAGCCCAUCUUGUACCAUCACAGACUGUAGUCCAGACUUUUAGUAACCCUGAUGGCACUGUCUCACUUAUCCAGGUUGGUACAGGGGCAACAGUAGCCACAUUGGCUGAUGCUUCGGAAUUACCAACCACAGUCACUGUUGCCCAAGUGAACUAUUCUGCUGUGGCCGAUGGAGAGGGCGCCGGUCCAGUGGGGGAGAGAGAUGCCUACAUAAAUGAACUAUGGUCCGUGCUGCAAGAGAUGCUGCGAAGGGUGGAACAAAAUUGGGCCACGUUACAGGGAGGUGAGAUGACCAUCCAGACGACGCAAGCAUCAGAGGCCACCCAGGCAGUGGCAUCAUUGGCAGAGGCCGCAGUGGCAGCUUCUCAGGAGAUGCAACAGGGAGCUACAGUCACCAUGGCGCUUAACAGCGAAGCUGCCGCCCAUGCUGUCGCCACCCUGGCUGAGGCCACCUUACAAGGUGGGGGACAAAUCGUCUUGUCUGGGGAAACCGCAGCAGCCGUUGGAGCACUUACUGGAGUCCAAGAUGCUAAUGGCCUGGUCCAGAUCCCUGUGAGCAUGUACCAGACUGUGGUGACCAGCCUCGCCCAGGGCAACGGGCCAGUGCAGGUGGCCAUGGCUCCUGUGACCACCAGGAUAUCGGACAGCGCAGUCACCAUGGACGGCCAGGCUGUGGAGGUGGUGACAUUGGAACAGUGACAAGCAGCCAUAUCAUGGCAUUGUUUUCUAGUCUACUUCAAAAUUUUUUACACGUUUGCAGAGGUGCAAUCAAAUGGAAUUAAGUCUCUCGACUUUGGAAGAAAAGUUUUGUUUAACCUUUUUUUAAAAGGAAGAAAGACAGCGGAUUUUGGAAUUGCAUUUUUUAAAGCACCACUCAAUUUUCUGGGAUUGGUGGAAUAAGAAACUGCAUCGUCAAUUUCACCACCCCAAAAAAGCCAAAUUGUGGCAGGACUUCUUUCUGCAGAAACGUGUGUGUAUACUUAUGUGUGUGUAUGUGUGAGUGUGAAUAUAUGUAUAUGUGUACAUAUGGACAUACACAUUUACAUAUAUAUAAAGUAUAUAUAUACAUAUAUAUAUAUGUAUGAAACCCGCAUGGAAUUAUCUGUAUGAAAUCAAGGUGAGCUGUGGAAACAAUAAUUCACCCAGUUUAGUGGGUGGUAGGGUACGUGGCCAGACACAGUCACCCGGUUUUUGUUCAUACCAGGGUCAUGCGUUGAGCUACUGACAAACUCAGGCGGAGGUGACCAUGCCCUUCACCAAAGCUGCCUCCCAGUGGCCGCCCAGAACUUUCUCUGCUGGACUCACCUGAGGAAGGAGAUUCCAGAACGAGAUGGGUCCAGAAAAUGUGCUUACGAGGUCUAGAGGCCGUGUGGUCUGCCACCUGAGAUGUUCCUUGGGCUGGCCCAGGUGCUGACCUUGCCACAGGCAGAUGAAUGUCCUAAAAGCUCCCAGGCAGGGACAAGAGGGUUCUCCUCAGCCUCCCAUCUCCUCCCCUUCCCAGGAAUCCUUCUUGAUCUCAUGACUAUUAAAAUGUUGCUUUGGUUUUAAGGUCAGUCCUGAAUUGGUCAUGUAUGUGAACUGAAGGUAACAGAAGUAUUAAGGGUUGAAGAGUGCGAGAGUGUGUUAAGUGUGCUUGUGGGUGUGUGGUGCGUGGUGGGGGAGAGAAUGGGAAGGGGGUGGGAGGGGUUGGAAGGGAAAGGAAGGAGGGAGAGAAACAUCUUCCUGGACCAGGGCACCUGAAUGGGAGCAAUUUUCUCUAGCUGUCUGUAGCUGAACAGAGGAGACGCUGGAACUGAAAGGAAGGGACACCUGGCUCAUGAAAGGUUGGCCAUCACCAUGGGACAUGGCAGAAAAGCACUGAGGGUGUUUCCUGCAUGCCUGGAUCAGGCCCCGCUUCGGAAGGGACUCUGCAAGACCCAUUUUCCUGGGUGCAGCCUGGAGGCCCAGGUCCUGAACAGCUUUCCUGCUCACAGGUGUUGAUCGGUCUGGGUAUUCUUUGUAACUAUCAAAUUCUGUCUUUCUCAGCUGCAGGCCCUGUUCCAGUGGCUAAAUUCACCUGACUUUUUCAACAGGCCAAAUCUCUGCUCCUUGCGUACAGGGACAACUCUUCCUCCCUCCCCCUAGGCCCCCCCAUAUGUGUGAUAGUGUAUUUAAUGUGUUUUUUUAAAUGCGACAUUAAAAGAUUCUUCAUGUCUUGCUCAGCCUUUGAGAAAAGUUUCAGAUUCUUGUAUUUGCUUGUUUUAUAUAAAACUAUCCAAUGUUCUUUGUAUGUUCUUUUCUGUACGUAAUGGGGGGGAGGGAAGGGAAAUUUACAUAUAAAUAGUCCUAGUUCUACAAUUUGUUAUUUUUUUAAUUAUUAUUUUUUAUCGUCAUUGUGAAGCUGUUCAGGGGCUUUAAAGUCCGUGUUCCUUUGUGGUGAAAUAACCUCUUAAUAGUUUGAGAAAUUGCCAAGAAGAAGAAAAAAGCAAAACUCCAGUAGCAGAGCAUGGAUUCUGUGUUGUUUUCCAUUCUGUCUAUUACUGCCUCAUUAAAUAAAUAGUUAAAAAUGUGGCAACAGGAA